AUGAAAGGUCUGAGUAAAGACGAUCAGUUUGAAGAAAAUGAUCCUGCAGUUAAAACAGACAUAAAUGAAGAUAAUAUAAUAGACGAGGAAGCAUCCACAGCUUGUAUGAAUGAAUUUAUUACUGAUAUUUUAAAUGGUAGUACCAUAAAAGGUGGAAAAAUUAAAAAAUUGAAAAAAUUAUGGAAAAAUGUGCGAAACUCCAAUUAUGUAGGUUCAUUAAUCAUCAGUCAUUACAUAUAA